AUGCGCGUGCGACCUGUAACAAGGGAAGACCUUCCCGAGAUUUUCGAGAUCACCCAUAAAGCAUUAGAGAAGGACGAAUUCUUCGGUUGGUUAAAUCCUGGACGGGACAAGUACCCGGGCGACCAUAGAAGAGAUCAGAGAUUACAUUUGCGCGCUCGUUUUGUCAGUCUAGGGCAACAUGGCUACGUAGUAGCGACAGAAAAAGGCGAUCGUGACUGGAGUGGUAAAUCAGAGGUCGCAGGUUUCGUGUUCCUGAUUCGAAAGGGGACGGAUGAAGCAAGCAAAAAAUGGCGCACAGAUACGCUUUUCAAUAGAUUCGAAAGAAAACUUCUGGAGUGGGAGAUGUGGUAUGACUCCAAGUUUCUGAACCGCGCAGAAGAUCCCAAGCGGUUGGCAGAGUACAUCAAGAUGGAGCCAUGGAAUUCCUUUAAUGUACUCGAUCCUCGCUGGCAUAUGGGACUCAUUUGCGUCUCGCCAAAGUUCCAGCGCCGUGGGGUCGGUAGCAUGCUGGUUCAGCACUCACAGAGAUUGGCCGCGGACGACAAAUUGCCUUUAACAUUGGAGGCCAGUAUCGUGGGGAGAAAGCUAUAUUUGAAGAGCGGCUUCAAACUGGUUGGCGAAGCUAAACUUUGUGAAGAGUUUACUGACGGUCUGAUGGUUUGGGAACCGGUUGGGAUGGAAGGAACAUGGCUGGAUGCAUUCGAUGGCGAUACAGCGAAGAUGAAGAAGCGGAGAGAGUCCAGUCCAAGUGCGAUUGCACGUACAUAG